UACAGUUCAAAGAAAACCCAAUAAACAAUAGUUCUAAUCAACUGGAGUAAGAGAUUAAGAAGCUCCUACUAUUAAUAUUCAAUAAAAAUGUAUCACAUAUAAUGCUAUAUAUAGAUAUAUAUAUAUAUAAGUUGACUAGAUCCAAUAGCAAUAAUUUUAUUCAACUGGAGUAGAGCCCAUCGUCUUAGAAGCUUUCAUAUUUGAAGUGUCUUUGCUUAUUCUUCUCUCCUGUAUAUAAUUUUUUCUAAAAUAUCAUCAGCUGAUCUCUUACCACGACUACAAUUUAUCCAGAGUUUUUUUUUUUUGUUUUCAUAUCAACCGAUUAACUGAAUCCAUGGCAUCUUCUUCUUCUUCUUUCGCGAGUAAUUCACAGUACUGUCCUCGAUGGAAGUACGAUGUUUUCCUAAGUUUUAGAGGUGAAGAAACUCGCAAAACGUUUACAGGGCACUUAUAUGAAGGCUUGAGAAACAGGGGAAUAUUCACGUUUCAAGAUGAUAAAAGGCUAGAGCAUGGCGCAUCCAUCUCAGAAGAACUUUGUAAAGCUAUCGAAGAGUCUCAAAUUGUCGUCAUCAUUUUCUCAAAGAAUUAUGCUACAUCGAGGUGGUGCUUGGAUGAAUUAGUGAAGAUCAUGGAAUGCAAGACUCAAUUUGGACAAACUGUCAUACCGGUCUUCUAUGAUGUGGAUCCAUCACAUGUUCGGAACCAAAGGGAGAGUUUUGCAGAAGCAUUUUCCAAACAUGAAUCAAAGUUUAAGGAUGAUGUUGAGGGAAUGCAGAAGGUACAAAGAUGGAGGAGUGCUUUAACUGAAGCGGCAAAUCUCAAAGGUUGUGAUAUUCGUAACAGGAUUGAAUCAGACUGUGUUCAGCAGAUCGUUGACCAAAUUUCCAAGUUAUGCAAGUUUUCUUUAUCUUAUUUGCAAGAUAUUGUAGGAAUAAAUCCACAUUUAGAGGAAGUAAAAUCCCUACUACAAAUAGAAAUCAAUGAUGUUCGGAUUGUGGGGAUCUGGGGCAUGGGAGGAGUUGGUAAAACGACAAUAGCAAGAGCCAUUUUUGAUACACUCUCGUAUCAAUUUGAAGUUACUUGCUUCCUGGCGGAUGUUAAAGAAAACAAAUGUGGAAUGCAUUCUUUGCAAAAUAUCCUUCUCUCAGAACUGUUAAGGGAAAACGCUAAUUACGUGAAUAAUAAGGAGGACGGAAAGCACCUGAUGGCUCGUAGACUUCGCUCUAAGAAGGUUUUAGUUGUGCUUGAUGACAUAGAUCACAGAGACCAUUUGGAGUACCUAGCAGGGGAUCUUGGUUGGUUCGGCAAUGGCAGUAGAAUUAUUGCAACAACAAGAGACAAGCAUUUGAUUGGGAAGAAGGAUGCAUUAUAUGAAGUGACUACACUAGCUGACCAUGAAGCUAUUCGAUUGUUCAAUCGAUACGCUUUUAAGGAAGAUGUUCCAGAUGAGGUUUUUGAGAAGCUAACGCUGGAGGUAGUAAGUCAUGCGAAAGGCCUUCCUUUAGCGCUGAAAGUGUGGGGUUCUUUCUUUCAUAAGAGGAAUAUAACUGAGUGGAGAAGUGCUAUACCGCAAAUGAAAAAACACUCUAAUUCAGAAAUUGUUGACAAGCUCAAAAUUAGUUAUGAUGGAUUAGAGCCCGUGGAACAGGCGAUAUUUUUAGAUAUAGCAUGCUUCUUACGAGGGAGAGAAAAGGAUGAGAUCAUACAGAUUCUUGAGAGCUGUGAAUUUGGAGCUGAUAUCGGAUUGCGUGUCCUAAUUGAUAAAUCUCUUGUGUUCAUCUCCGAAAAAGAUACGAUUGAAAUGCAUGAUUUAAUACAAGAUAUGGGUAAAUAUGUCGUGAACAUGCAGAAGGAUCCUGGAGAACGUAGCAGACUAUGGCUCGCUGAAGAUUUCGAAGAAGUGAUGACCAACAAUACGGGGACCAAGGCAAUGGAAGCAAUCUGGUUUCGUUAUUCUCAACGACUAUACUUUAGCAAAGAGGCCAUGAAAAAUAUGAAAAGGCUUAGGAUAUUCUACAUACGUGCUCAGUACUUGAAUUCGUGGAUCCGUGAUGACUUCAAUUGCCAUGAUGGCCCCAAUGAGUACCUGUCUAACAACUUGCGUUGGUUUGUCUGGGAUCACUAUCCUUGGGAUUCAUUGUCAACUAAUUUUGAACCCAAAAGGCUUGUUCAUCUUCAACUCUGGCGCAGUUCAGUGCAUCAUUUAUGGACAGGGAUAAAGCAUUUGCCGUAUCUGCGAAAGCUAGAUCUCAGGGAAUCUAAAAGCCUGAUGCGAACACCAGAUUUUACGGGGAUGCCAAAUUUGGAGUAUUUGGAUCUGGAAAAAUGCUCUAAUCUUGAAGAGGUUCAUCAUUCCCUGGGAUGUUCCAGAAGACUCAUUGUCUUAAAUUUGUAUGAGUGUGGACGCCUUAAGAGGUUUCCAUGUGUUAACAUGGAAUCUCUUGAAUAUCUGGGACUAUAUUGUUGCUAUAGUUUAGAGAAAUUUCCAGAAAUCCACGGAAGAAUGAAGCUGGAGUUAAAGCUUUACAUGCAAUACUCUGGGAUAAGAGAAGUACCAUCAUCUAUUACUCAGUGCCAAACUCACAUUACCAAGCUAAAUUUGAGCAAGUUAAGAGACAUUGCAACUCUUCCAAGUAGCAUUCGCAUGUUGAAAAGCUUAGUGGAGCUAGAUGUGUCGGAUUGCUCAAAACUUGAAAUCUUGCCAGAAGAGAUAGGGGAUUUAGAAAACUUGGAGAAGUUUGAUGCUGCACGUACUUUAAUUUCACGGCCUCCACCUUCCAUUGUAUGCUUGAACAAACUUAAAUUGUUGUCUUUUGAUCAAAGAGAAUCAAAAGAAGGCCAAGUCGUGUAUUUUGUGUUCCCUCCUGUGGCUGAAGGCUUACACUCAUUGGAAAUUUUGCAUCUCAGUGACUCCAAUCUAAUAGAUGGAGGACUUCCAGAAGACAUCGGAUGCUUAUCCUCUUUGAAAAAGUUGUAUCUUGGUUACAAUAAUUUUGAGCAUUUGCCUCAAAGCAUAGCCCAACUUGGUGCUCUUCAAUUCUUGUACUUAUCAGGUUGCAGUUUGCUUAAAGAGUUGCCAGAUUUUAUGGGGAUGCCAAAUUUGGAGAAGUUGGAGCUGUCAUAUUGUGAGAAUCUUGAAGAGGUUCAUCAUUCCCUAGGAUUUUUUAAAAAGCUCCGUAAAUUAUCAUUGGAUACUUGUGAACGGCUUAAGAGGUUUCCAGGUCUAUGCAUUGAUUCUCUUGAAUUUCUGUGGAUACGGGGUUGCUCUAGUUUAGAAAAAUUUCCAGAAAUCCACGGAAGCAUAAACUCUGAGUUAGAGAUUCACAUGCUAGACAAUGUGAUAAGAGAUCUAGAUUUGAGAGGUCUAGAAAACCUUGUAACACUUCCGAGCUGCAUUUGUAAGUUUAAAAGCUUGGUGAAGCUAGAUGUGUCAGAUUGCUCAAAACUUGAAAUCUUGCCAGAAGAGAUAGGGGAUUUAGAAAACUUGGAGUGGCUUGAUGCCAGAGAUACUAUAAUCUCACAACCUCCGCCUUCCAUUAUCCGAUUGAACAAGCUUAAAUUCUUGAGUUUUGCAAAACAAAAAUCACAACUAGGCGUAGAAGAUGAAGUGUACUUUGUGUUCCCUCCGGUGGCUCAAGGAUUACGCUCAUUGGAAAUUCUGAAUCUCAGUUACUGCAAUCUAAUAGAUGGAGGACUUCCGGAAGACAUAGGAUGCUUAUCCGCUUUGAAAGAGUUGAAUCUCAGUGGAAAUAAUUUUGAGCAUUUGCCUCGAAGCAUAGCUGAAUUUGGUGCUCUUCGAUCCUUGGACUUAACAGAGUGCAAGAGUCUUACACAGCUUCCAGAACUUCCACCAGAAUUAGAUGCAUUGCGUGCAGAUUGUCAUAUGGCUCUGAAAAGUAUUCAUAAUAUAGCAACCAAGAAGAAGAAAUUGCAGCAGGUGACAUUCAAACCACUGUAUGAUAGCGAUGAUACGUACAAUGAUUCAAUCUGUAAUUUGUUUACCAUUGUACAUUCUGAGAAGAAGGUCCCAAGUUGGUUCCAUUAUCAGGGAACGGAUAGAAUUGUAUCAGUCAAUUUGCCUGAAAAUUGGUACGUAUGUGAUAACUUCUUGGGAUUUGUUGUAUGUUACUUUGGCAGCGUAGUUGAAACCAUAGCUCAAUUGAUUCUCUUGUGUGAUGAUGGGAUGUUGUCGAUGACCCAGAAACUUGCCUCACACGACUAUUCAAGAUCUGAAAUGAAAUCGAUGAUUCAUUUUUUCUUUGUACCUCUUGCUGGCUUAUGGGAUACAUCUAAGGCAAAUGGAAAAACACCAAAUGACUUUGGGCUCAUUAGGCUAUCUUUUUCUGGAGUAAUGAAGGAGUAUGGAUUCCGCUUGUUGUAUAAAGAUGAACCUGAGCUUGAGGCCUUGUUACAAAUGAGGGAAAAUAACAAUGAACCAACAGAACAAUGCAUUGGGAUAAGGAGGAGCAGAUAUGACAAUAGUGAACACCAUGACUCUGUGACCAAUAAAGCCAGUUCCUCCUCCUCUUCUAAGAAACAAAGGUCACAUUUCUAAUAUUCGUUGGAGCUCUGUCUUUGAGAAUCUGCAGCAACAAGUAGAGGGGCCACUCUUUUCAGAAACUUUGCAGCUCUUUCCUUCAAACCUUGGGUUUCAGCUUAAACACAGGUAUAUACCUCAUGACUUGUUUUUUUUUUCUUUUCUAAUAGUUGGUAUUGAAAUUGAGUUAUAUCUUUUUAUGUAAUUCUCUCCUCCUAUUAGCUAUACAAAAGUCUUCUUCCAUAACUAAUAAAUUUUUCUUCUCAUUCUUUA